AUGUCUGAUCGCAAUAGAGUUUAUCCAAACAAUCAGUCUCUCUUUUCUGGUCGUCCUCCGGAACUCGAUCCUUGAAAUGCCUCGAGGAAAGAAGAAUAGGAAGAGAAGAGAAGAGAAGAGAAGAGAAGAGAAGAGAAGAGAAGAGAAGAGAAGAGAGAGAAAGAGAGAGAUGCGCAAAAAAGAGAGAGAGAGAGAGAGAGAGAGAAGAGGAAAGGCGUCUCUCUCACCCGGCACGAACGCGGCAAGGCCGAGAGAAGGAACAGUAAAAUUGUGGAGAAUGUGUACGCGCCAUCAGGGUGGCCUAGAUUCGGUCAAGACCUGCUUUCUAGGCAGCAUUUCUCUUUAUCACCGGCUACGCCGGUGUACAACUCUCCGUCCCUCUCUUUCUCUUUCUCUCUCUCUCUCUCUCUUUCUACCUGUAGAUUAUAA